AUGGUCAUUGGCUGGGUGCUUUGCUCGCUCUGCCUCGCCACCAUGGCAACACUUCCAUUGGAGAAACCCUACUUCCCAGAGGCUUCGUGGCGAGAAUUGAAGCCCAAUGAGUACACAGAGGAGGAAGCAUCGGCAAUCAAUCAUCACGCCCCUGCUUCAGGAGGAAACUACGUCGUACUGAUGAUGCUGGCAACACUCGGCUAUGUAGUCGCAGAUGUGGCAGCGGAUGGUGUCGUUGUCGAGUACGCCCAGCGCGAGCCUAUCGCAACACGAGGUCGAACUCAGACCGCAAUAUACACAGUGAGAUCCAUUUUCAACAUCUUUGGUAGCCUACUCGUGGGCUUUGGACUCAGUUCGCCACCCUAUGGAGGAGACUUCGCUUUCGGUAUCAGCUUUCCUGUGUGUUCGCUCGUACUGGCGUUGUGCUGCGUACCGGUGCUUCCAUUGACUUGGUCUUUCGUCUCCGAGGAACGGGUGGGAUGUCCGGAGCUGCGCAAAUACAUGGGUGAUCUGUGGGGUACAAUGCAGAGCCGAGCAGUGUACCAAGUCAUCGCGUACAAUUUCUUUUCUGGUGUACUCGGUGGCAUUACCUACGUAGCAUCCGACCCAGUUACGAUGUAUUGGGCCCGUGCAUCGAGUUUCAACAUCUCGGUCUCGCAGGUUAUUGCUUCAGGUGUAACAGCUUGUACACUAACGUCCAUGGGUCGCUACGGACUAAACUGGGACUGGCGGGUUGUUAUUGUCAUCACCACUUUGUGCGUGGUCGCACUUGAUGCAGUGUGUGUGAUGCUCACAACGUGGAAUGUCGUGCGCAACCAGUGGUUCUGGCUCGGUCUGCCGAUUGUGGAAACUAUACCGUCAAGCAUAAACUUCAUUGUUUCAAGCUUCGUUGUCGUUGAACUAGCUGACAAGGGCAAUGAAGCUGCCAUCUACGGACUUUUGACGACGGUCGGUAACCUAAGCAAUCCAUUUUCGUCGACGCUCACCAAGGCUAUCGAUGAAACGUUUGCCGUUAACAAUCAAGAUAUCCUGAACGACUCUGAAGUCACUCGCCGAGACGUCACGAUUGUUGUGCUUAUUGCAUACGCGUGCAAGGUGAUCUCACUGCUGUUCCUUGUUCUCCUACCGAGACAAAAGAAGCAGGCUCAAGCACUGAAACGCAGUGGCCAACGCAACAAGAUGUUUGCUGCAAUGACCAUUGCUUACUGUACGUUUGCAUUGGCCUGGUCACUAGUGAUCAACUUGCUCGGUAUUUUUGACGGUACCAGAUGUCUGAAAAUAGUUGGAGGGUGCUGA